GUCCACCGCCCACCUUCCUUGGACCUUCCUGUCAUCGCAGGAUACCUUUGGCUCGGUGGAGCUAUUGUAUCAAGCGUUCGGAAAGGGCUAACGUGAGCUGAGCUUCUUGCCGCAGUGUAAUUCGUAUUGACUUCACCCCUUGUCUGCUAGGCACCUCAACGAGCCAUCGCGUACAGAUAUCAUAUCCCUCCGUAUAUUGACUCCACGAGUAGAAAUGACUCUUGGCCCGGAGACGUCACAUCCGCUACAGGACACCGGAGAUGACACAGUGAUCUCUAUUCCAAGGCUGCCCGCCGAAGCGUCUCCUCGCCACGAAGAGCUGUGGAAGGAAAUGCUGGUGCACAGCGAAGCUAUCCGUGGCCUCAAGUCGCGGUGGAACACUCUUGCAACGAUAUCCACACUUCCGGACGAGAUCCUCGCAGAAAUAUUCUUUCAGCUCAACCUCCUAUACCGCAACGACGAACUGGAAUGGCGCACCAUCCAUCGCUACGAGUGGAUCAACGUUUGCCAAGUCUGUUCGCACUGGCGCACCGUCGCCCUCAGCAGCUCCAGGCUCUGGAGCGACAUCACCGUGACGCGGUCGAUGAGCUGGAUGAGGGAGGUGCUCGCGCGAUCUCAGCAGGCACCCCUUCGCGUGCAGUUCGCCAUGGUGAACCUAGCCGAUGGCAUGGACCAGGCGGCUCGGUUGUUUCUAGAAGAGCUCGCGCGCGUCGAAGAGGCGGUCAUCGGUGUUACGACAGACGCCUUUGAGGUCUUGAACGGCCUAGACAGACCUGCUCCGCUUCUCCGCUUCCUCACUGUGAAGGCGGUGUACUACAGAGCACCCAGGCCUCCAGGUACACCGCCCAUCUACCCUGCUCUGCAAGUCUUGACGCGCCCCUUUGUCGGCCGCUUGGAACGGCUGAACCUCCUGGGCUGUCCUUUCCCCUGGAAUACUCCUCUCUCGUUCACGUCCCUCUCUCAUCUCACGCUGGUCGGAACGGGCGUCGACCGCCCACAUAUGCCCGAUGUCACGGUCACUCUAACACAUCUACGACUCUUGAAGUGUCUAGAUCUCGAAGACAUCCUUCCUAUGCUCCCGAAGAAUGUCAGUUCGGUGCCAGCCUCGCAGGCCGUCGUCAGGAUGGCUUACCUGGAGAACUUGCGCUUGGUGGGGGAGACCAUCGACUGUGCGUACAUGCUCAGCCAUCUCACGUUCCCGCCGUCGAUAUCCCUCGUUCUGCGAUGCACAUCGAAAAGAGGCCUGGCCGACCUCGUGAUGCUCAUCAAAGACAGGCUGCCGCAGAUGCAGCGCCCGCGCACGCUGUUGUUCGACGAGGACUUCUCCGAGUCCCACUUCCACGUCCGCGUCUCUACGAACGACGGACCACCCGCGGACGGCGUCCCCUUCCCUCUCGUCAUCACCUUCCGAAGCGAUCCACAGACAUUUGCAGCCGAAUCGCACACCCAGUGUGCCAUCGCGUUCUGCCUCCGUCUCGGGGUCGCCCACGUGCGUCACCUGCACGUCGCGGGUAUCAUCCCGCCCAUGUACGACGAGGACCAGACGAAAGAAUGGCUGCAGCUCUUCGUCCACCUGAACAGCCUGACGGUCCUCAGCAUGUCCGGUCUCGCAGCCUACCGGCUCCCCGAUAUGCUGAAGGCGCGGGCGUGGGACGACAGCAACCGGCUGAGCCUGCCCAACCUGCGUCGGGCGGAGGUCGAGCGCGUGAGCUUCGGCGUCGCGGAGACCUUCCAGCGAGGGCAGCCGGGCGACUUCACGGAGCAGCUGGUGCAGAGCCUCGACAUUCGGGCGCGGGAGAUCGCGACGUUUGGCACGCUGGUGAUCAGGCGAUCCAAGUGCGUGGACAUGCCCGACAUCAGGACGCUGGAGAAGGCCGUGGAGAAUGUCGAGUGGGACGGGAUUGUUGAUACAUCCCCAAGUCCGGAGGACUUCGAGCUGAACUAUUACUGAGCAGCCGCGUUUCGUACGAAUAGGUAUUAACACGCACGGUACGUCGCUUCGCUGUGGAGAUGUAACGCCAGCGCAGGAACCGAACACCGCUC